CAGAAAAUUAUGUACUCAUUAUUUAGUCAUUCUGUGACCAAAUAUUACACAAAGUGUGUUGCAGCUCAACAAUUUAUUGUGAAAUAGAGGGGAAUUAAAAAAAAAAAAAAAAAAAACUGCAAUGACAGCUGGAAAAAGGGAACUUAUGUCACCACAGAGCUCAGUGAACUUCAUUUCCUUUUUUAGUUUACAGACGAGCUGAAUGUGUAAUGCGCGUUUAGCCUUAACUUGCAAUCAAACAACUAUUUUUCAAGCUAACAAAGAGCUAGAGUCAGUCAUGUUUGAUGGCCCAGGGGGUUUUGAGGUGGAGGAGGAUGAUGAGUGCUGGGCACGGCUGGAAGACUACAGAAUGCUUCUCAUCAAGACCAUUGAGCCCUCAAGGAUAACACCUUAUCUGAGACAAUGUAAAGUGCUGAGCAGCGAGGACGAAGAACAGAUCUACAAUGACCCCAGUCUGGUUAUCAGGCGUAGAAAAGUUGGGAUGCUGCUGGACAUAUUACAAAGAACUGGCCUCAAAGGAUAUGAAGCAUUUCUAGAGAGUUUGGAGCUAGACUACCCAGAUGUGUACCGCAAAAUCACCGGCAAAGAGCCUGCUAGGGUCUUCUCCGUACUUAUUGACACGGCCGGUGAAUGUGGCCUCACUCAGUUCCUAAUGAGCGAGGUCUCUCGCCUACAGAAGCUCGCACAGGACGAACGGAGGAAGCGACUCGAAGUGUCUGCGCAGGUGGCGGAGCAGCUAGACACCAUCCGCCAGCUGCAGCUGUGUGAGAGCGAGCUGCACAAACAGCAGGACCGCGUGCAGCGCAUCCGAGAGGAGCGCGAGCGCACGUGCGAGGAGGCGCGUAAACUGAGAGACGAGAAUUACCGACUGAUGCACGACCUGACCCGCCUGAGCGAGGACAAGAACUGCGCGCUCAUGUGUAACAGAGACCUCCAGCUCGAGAUUGAGAAAUUGAAACACAGCUUAAUGAAUGCAGAAAGUGACUCAAAGAUCCAACGGAAAAAAACAGUAACCUUGAAGAAUGCGAUGGAGCAGAGGCCAAGUCCUGAGCUGAUCUGGCAGUUGCAGAGAGAAAAUGACAUCCUUAAAGCUCGCAUACAGGAGCUCAAAAGUGCUUCCAAGGUCCAAACUCUGGAGCAUAAAAAACUUGAUUCACAGUCAUUAGAGGAAUUCAAGCAACAAAGUCAGGCACAAUACCAGGAGCUGGUGAAUGAUCUCUACAAUCUAAGGAAAGACCUACAUGACGCAGAAGAGCUGAGUGAUAAGUAUCGACAGGAGAAGGAUGAACUAGAGCUGAAGUGCAUAAUGCUUAAAAAGGACUCCAAAAUGUACCGUGACAGAAUGGAAGACAUUCUGAAGCAGCUGGAAGAAGUCAUCAAAGAAAGAGACAAGGCUAUUUGUACAAGAGAGGAGUACCAUUUGGAGAACUCAAAAAAUCUCCAAGACAAAGACCAGUACCGCAAACAGAUCCGGGAGAUGGGAGAGCGUUAUGAUGAGCUUCAAGUCCAGUUGUUUCGAACUCAAGGAGAAGUUCUUGCUCUGCAGUCAAAGCUUCGCAAACAGAAAAACCCAAUUCAAGUGAACUCAGAAGAAAGCUCCUUGCUAAGUUCAUUUGAGUCAUCAACAGGGUUGCUUGCAUUUUGUCCACAGAUGAAAAGUCUGACUAGUGAGGAGGAGUCCAGGGAAAGGGGUGAAAAGGAUAUGAGUGAAGAGUCACAGAGCCAGACAUCUGGAGAGUACAAUUAUUCCGAGAGGAUGUUCUCUGAGGAGGACAUAUCAGCUAACUGCAGACUUAAAGGAAAAUGCAACUUUUAUUAUAGGAGGAAACGUGCUUUAAGAACCAAAAAAUUCACAGACAAAGAGAGUGUGCAGUGCAUACUGGACAACACUACUGGGAGUGAUACGGACGGGAUGUGACAUACAGCUUUGGACAAGGAGAUGAAAUGUGACCACCUUUGAAGGCAUAUUUAAAAUGCAAUUUAAUGAUAAUCCAACAUUGUUCUGCAUCCAGUGACCUCUAAAACCUGAUAAGCAUCAUAUCGAUAUCAUUGUGUUUACUGUUAAAGUAUGUCCAGUCAGUCACUUGUCAUAAAUCCGAUUUGACAAUUUUUCUGUUUAAUAUAUGAAAUAUAAAAUAUCAUUUAUGUAUAUCUUGUUCUCUUGAGCAAAAACUGUGAAAAUGUUUGAAUGAUUUAUUUGUACCCAAAUAAACUUUAAGACUUUAA